AUGUAAAGUUGUAACUCCUUCCUUCUUUCUGACAUUCCACCCUGCAAAUAUAAAAAUCCCACAAAUUUCCCGUUUUGCCCAAGAAACUUUGCUCCAUCUUCCGUUUUUACCCUUCUCUUUUCAUUGCCUCAAGACUCUCAACUCCCAAAUCACUUCAAAUUUAUAAUAAAAAUAUAUAUUAUUUAUUCUCUUCAUUAUAAAACCCCCCAAAAAAUCUUACAAAAUCUUGCAAACUACUUCAUGGGUGCUCACUAAGAGUUUUUGUUUGUGAGUUUAUUUGCACAUUUAAUGAUGCCUGGGUUGGUUACUGAUGAAAUUCAUGAAGAGAAGGUGUUUGAUGAAAUGCCCGAGAAUGGGAAUGUGCCGAAAAAUAAAGAGAAGUUGGAUUUAAUCAAGUAUCCGAAAGAUGUUGGCCGUGUUCCUUCAAGUCCUGGUAAUGUGGGUGCUUCUGGUGGUGGUGGUGUUGAGCUGUCUAUUGAAGAGCUUUAUGAUAAUGUGUGUGAUAUGCAAAGUUCUGAUGAGUCAGUGUCUAGGCUUAGCUAUGAGUCGGAUGGUGAAGAGUCGAGGAUUGAUUCCGAGUUGAGGCAUAUAGUGGGAGGGGAGAUGAGGGAAGUAGAGAUAUUGAAAGAAACUGAAGAUGUUUCUAAGAAAGUUGAAGAAGAAAGUGUGAAUUCGCGUUCAUCAAAAGUUUCAAAGAAAGCAGCCCCUUCACAAGUGGAGUCAGAAGCAAGUUCUAGAUGGAGUCCUAAGAGCAAACACCAUCAAACCAACACUCUUUCAGCCAAAAAAACCAAUAAGAUGUCAAGAAAAUCAGUUGUUGGAGAUAAAGAUGUGGAUCUUGGCCCACAUUUGAUUAAGCAAGCCCGGGAUUUGAUGGCAUCUGGUUCUAACCCUCGUAAAGCCCUCGACUUGGCUCUUCGUGCAGCUUCUUCUUUUGAGAAAUCUGCUAAUGGUAAAUCAAAUUUAGAUGUUGUCAUGUGUCAGCAUGUUAUAGCAGCCGUACACUGUAGUUUGGGCCAAUACAGUGAAGCCAUACUGGUUCUUGAACAGUCCAUCAGGAUCCCAGUGGUCAAUGAAAGUCAAGAUCACGCACUGGCUAAAUUUUCCGGUUUGAUGCAGUUGGGUGAUACUUAUUCUAUGUUGGGUCAACUCGAAAAUGCCCUAAAAUGUUACACAUUUGGUUUAGAAGUGCAACAGGAGGUUUUAGGUGAUUCUGAUCCAAGAAUCGCUGAAACUUGUAGGUAUCUUUCAGAAGCAUAUGUUCAAGCACUGGAUUUCAUCACAGCGGAGAGGUUUUGUCAAAAGGCUAUUGAGAUUCAUUCAAAUAUGGGCUUGCAAGCAGAAGAAGCUGCGGAUAGGAGACUCAUGGGUCUAAUCUGUGAGACAAAAGGUGACCAUGAAGGUGCGCUUGAGCAUCUAGUUUUAGCUAGCAUGGCUAUGGUGGCUAACGGGCUAGAAAAUGAGGUAUCCUUUGUAGACUUAAGCAUUGGAGAUUCAUAUUUAUCGUUAUCGAGAUAUGAUGAAGCUAUUGCCGCAUAUCAAAAAGCACUUAAGUCUCUCAAAUCAUUCAAAGGGGAAAACCAUCCGUCUGUUGCUUCUGUUUUGGCCCGUUUGGCUGAUUUGUGCAACAAAACCGGGAAGUUGAAAGAAUCAAAAUCUUACUGCAGAAACGCUCUCCAUAUAUAUGACAACCCUGUUUCUGGGAUCCCUUUAGAGGAAAUUGCUUGUGGUUUUACUAACAUCGCUGCUAUAUAUGAGUCCAUGAAUGAGCUUGACAAUGCACUAGAAUUACUAUUCAAAGCAUUAAAGAUAUACAACGAUAUUCCUGGGCAGCAAAGCACGAUUGCAGGUAUUGAAGCCCAAAUGGGAGUUAUGUAUUACGUGCUGGGAAAGUAUUCAGAAUCUUAUGAUUCUUUCAAAAGCGCCAUCUCCAAGCUUCGUGCAAGUAGUGAGAAGAAAUCUGUAUUUUAUGGGAUCGCACUCAACCAAAUGGGACUCACUUGUGUGCAACGUUAUGCUUUAACUGAGGCAAUAGAAUGCUUUGAAGAAGCCAGGAUCAUUUUGGAACGAGAGUGUGGCCCUCUUCACACUGAUACCCUUGCCGUUUAUAGCAAUCUUGCGGGUACAUAUGAUGCUGUAGGCAGGUUGGAUGAUGCAAUAGAUAUCUUGGAACAUAUUGUUGAGAUGAGGGAGGAAAAGCUCGGGACGGCAGGCUUUGAUGUGGAUGAAGAGAAAAAAAGAUUGGCGGAAUUGCUAAAAGUUGCUGGGAAGGUAAGAAACAGAAAAACUAAAUCAUUAGAAAACCUUUUUGAUUCAAAUUAUCGGUCAAAAACCAGCAAUGAGGUCAUUGAUGUGUGAUUAUGAUUAUUGUUGUCCUCAAAGCAGCAAUGUAUUGUGUAAGUUUAUAGACACAUAAUAUAAUAAUUAAUAUAUAUUUAUCCUGAAGAUAGAUCACUUGAUCUAUUUGAGUUUGUAUUUA